AUGCUUUACCUUAUUGGACUUGGUCUCUCUGACGAGACAGAUAUUACUGUCAAAGGACUUGAGGCUGUCAAGAAAUGCGCUCGCGUAUACCUUGAGGCCUACACCAGUAUUUUGCUGGUGGAUAAAACAGUUCUUGAAAGUUACUAUGGACGAGAAGUGAUUAUCGCAGAUAGAGAUAUGGUAGAGAGUGCUAGUGACGAUAUCUUGGAAGAUGCGCAAAAUGUCGAUGUUGCAUUUUUGGUUGUGGGAGAUCCUUUUGGUGCUACUACCCAUACUGAUCUUGUCCUCCGCGCGCGUUCCUUAAAUAUUCAAAUCUCUACUAUUCCUAAUGCCUCCAUUAUGUCCGCGAUUGGCGCUACCGGUCUCCAACUUUACAAUUUUGGCCAAACUGUCUCAAUGGUUUUCUUCACUGAGAACUGGAAGCCUGCCUCAUUCUACGAUCGCAUUCGAGAGAACAGGAAUAUCGGUUUGCACACGUUGGUAUUGUUGGAUAUCAAGGUUAAGGAGCAAACUAUGGAGAAUAUGGCGAGAGGAAGAAAGAUAUACGAGCCACCAAGAUACAUGACUGUAGGACAGUGCGCAUCGCAGAUGUUGGAGAUCGAGGAGCUUAAGACAGAGAAUGGAGAGGGAGGAGUUUACAAUGAAGAGAGUCUCUGCGUGGGUGCUGCUCGAGUAGGCUGCAAGGAUGAGAAAUUUGUAAGUGGGACAUUAAAACAAUUGUGUGACGCCGAUGAGCAAUUGGGAGGCCCUUUGCACAGUUUGGUGUUGCUUGGAAGGAGGACGCAUGAGUUAGAGCAUGAUUAUGUAAGAGAGUUUGCGGUGGAUAAGGGAGUCUGGGAUACCAUCUGGAAGAGAGAUUAUGAAGGAAAGGUGUAA